UUGAAACAAGCACAAAAUGGCGUAUAGAAGAGAUGAAAUGUGGUCUGAUGAGCGCUAUGAGUAUGAACGACUUCCACGAGAGCGGCUUCCUCCACGUCCUGAUGAUGACUAUCGAGUAGUCAGCUUAGGACCCAAGAAACCACCACUUCUAGAGAGACCUGGGGAAGGAAGCUACAGUAGAUACGAAUAUAGUCAUGCUCAUGUUGGCUACCGAGAGUAUGAAGAAGGUCGUGGUUUUGCCAAUGAAAGAAGAAGUGGCCCACCAAAUAGAAGUGAUGAUCCAGGGUACAGAUGGCCAAGAGAUGACCAUCCUGCGAGUCGUCAGCCUGAUUACAGGGAUAUCCGAGACGGCAUACGACGAAAAAACCUAUAUCCUCCCUAUGCAAGAGAUCGAUCUCCACAUAAGAGGGAUUCUCCUUACUUCAGGGACUCGCCUGUCAGCCGAAGGGAUUCUCCUCACAGCAGAUCUGGCUCCAGUGUCAGUAGCAGAAGUUAUUCUCCGGACAGAAGUAAAGCCUAUGCUUUCCACCAGUCCCAGCAUGGCAGAAGCGUAUCAUCUUUACAUAAAAGAAAUAUUUCACAAGGUAAGGAAAGAACUUCUUCUCAGCCUUUGAGAACAUCAAGAGAUGUUUCCCCCUCAGGAACCGCAGCAGCAGCACCUUCUAAGGCCUUGGACAAAAGCAGCAGAUUAUCAGAAAAGGAACUUGCAGAGGCUGCAAGUAGGUGGGCAGCUGAAAAAUCAGAGAAAGCAGAUACAAGCAUCUUGCCUGAAGUUUCAAAUUAUGAUGCGGGAUCUUCAGAACCAUUGUAUGUUGAACAACAUAAAGAAACCAGUGCCAAUAUAACAGACAGUAAUGAAUUGUUUGAAGACAGCCAGCACGUUAGUCGUUCAAAGGCAAUUGCUGCAAAGACCAAAGAGAUUGAACAAGUCUACAGGCAAGAUUGUGAAACGUUUGGCAUUGUAGUGAAGAUGCUGAUUGAUAAAGACCCUUCAUUAGAAAAACCCAUCCAGUUUUCCUUGAGACAAAACUUGCAUGAGAUUGGUGAGAGAUGUAUUGAUGAACUUAAACACUUCAUUGCAGAUUAUGAUUCUGCCAGUCAAGAAUUUGAAGAACAGUAAAAUCAAGUCUGGAUUGUUAACAUUAUGUAAAUACUACUUGUUUAAAAGUACUGAAUUCACAUAAACAUCAUACAGCAGAAUUUUUCCUUUGGUCAA